UGCAUUGCGCAGCGCCAGCUCCAUCCAGACACCGCCCUCCAGCCGCAAUAAAAAGCAGCGAGAGGCAGCUCGCCUUCCCGGCAGCGGCGCAGCUUUCUCAUCUUCAUAGACACCUCCUCCCACUCACCCACCACCAUGGGCAAAGAGAAGGUUCACAUCAACAUCGUGGUGAUCGGUCACGUCGAUUCCGGCAAGUCCACCACCACAGGACAUCUCAUCUACAAAUGCGGCGGCAUCGACAAGAGAACCAUCGAAAAAUUCGAGAAGGAGGCGGCCGAGAUGGGUAAAGGUUCCUUCAAGUAUGCCUGGGUCCUGGACAAACUGAAGGCUGAACGAGAGCGAGGGAUCACCAUCGAUAUCUCUCUGUGGAAGUUUGAGACACCAAAGUAUUACAUCACCAUCAUUGAUGCUCCUGGACACAGGGACUUCAUUAAGAACAUGAUCACUGGAACCUCUCAGGCUGACUGCGCUGUGCUGAUUGUGGCUGCUGGUGUUGGUGAAUUUGAAGCCGGUAUCUCCAAGAACGGUCAGACCCGUGAACACGCGCUCUUGGCCUACACACUGGGUGUGAAGCAGCUCAUCGUGGGCAUCAACAAAAUGGACUCCACCGAGCCUGCUUACAGUGAGAAGCGCUACGAUGAAAUUGUGAAAGAAGUCAGCGCCUAUAUUAAAAAGAUUGGCUACAAUCCAGGCACUGUCCCAUUUGUGCCAGUUUCUGGUUGGCAUGGCGACAACAUGCUUGAGGCCUCACCCAACAUGCCAUGGUUCAAAGGUUGGAAGGUCGAACGCAAGGAGGGCAACGCCAGUGGGGUGACACUGCUGGAAGCUCUGGAUACUAUUCUGCCCCCGACUCGUCCCAUCACCAAACCUCUGCGUCUGCCCCUUCAGGAUGUUUACAAGAUUGGAGGCAUUGGUACAGUUCCUGUUGGCCGUGUGGAGACGGGUGUACUGAAACCGGGCAUGGUGGUGACCUUUGCCCCAGUCAACAUCACAACAGAGGUGAAGUCAGUGGAGAUGCACCACGAGGCCUUGUCUGAGGCCCUGCCUGGUGACAAUGUGGGCUUCAAUGUGAAGAACGUGUCGGUUAAGGAUGUUCGCCGUGGCAACGUAUGCGGAGACAGCAAGAAUGACCCACCGAUGGAGGCAUGCACCUUCACCGCCCAGGUGAUUAUCCUAAACCACCCCGGUCAGAUCAGUGCUGGUUACUCCCCUGUCAUUGACUGCCACACCGCUCACAUCGCCUGCAAAUUUGCAGAGCUGAAGGAAAAGAUUGACCGCCGUUCGGGUAAGAAGCUGGAGGACAAUCCCAAAACCCUGAAGUCUGGUGACGCCGCCAUUGUGGAGAUGUCCCCAGGGAAACCAAUGUGUGUGGAGAGCUUUUCCAAGUAUCCCCCUCUUGGACGUUUUGCAGUUCGUGACAUGAGGCAGACGGUUGCUGUAGGAGUCAUCAAGAACGUGGAGAAGAAAGCUGUCACCGCUGGUAAGAUCACCAAGUCUGCACAGAAAGCACAGAAAGCUCAGGGCAAAUGAAUCGGACGCCCCAAAACCACGAAAUCAACACCAUUCAAAAUCCACCUUGCCCCCAAAGGGCAUUUCUGUACAUCAGCUUGUCAAAGCUCAUUGGUGAACGACUGGAUGUUAACGAUUAAAGUCCAAUGGAAAUUUUUUAAGAGGAAAAGCAUGUGUCAGCAUUUGUGAGGUACCCAAUUAGUUUUAUCAAUAAACAGAUGCAACCACACAAAA